AUGGCACCAAAAACGGUAAUGUUAAUACUGGCGGAAGGAGCGGAAGAAAUGGAAUGUGUUAUUCCGAUUGAUAUAUUAAGAAGAGCUGGAGCCGAGGUCACAGUAGCCGGUCUGACAGGUAAGAAUCCAGUGACGUGCUCGCGACAAGUUGUUAUUGUGCCGGACAAAGCAUUGUCGGAUGUGAAGAAACACAAAUUCGAUGUUGUCAUUCUGCCCGGUGGUUUGAAAGCGGCGAUAUGCGCCGCACCAACUGCAUUGAAAAGUCACGGAAUUGCUCCGGGAGUAUUGCUCACAUCGCAUCCAGGCGCCAAGCGAGAGCUUGUCGAUGCAGGAUACAAGUACUCUGAAGAUCGCGUUGUCACGACAAGCCAUAUAGUAACGAGUCGCGGCCCAGGAACAGCAUUUGAAUUUGCUCUAAAAUUAGUGGAAUUACUUUUUGGAGCGAAAAAAGUGAAAGAAGUCUCAGCACCGAUGGUUGUCAAAGAUUGA